GCAUUCUUAAGAGCGUUUUUGCGACAGUGUGGUUUGUUUACGGCCCCUCAUGAUAAUUACACUGGAAGUAAACAAGAAAAUUCAGCGUGACUUCUUUGCCCCGAAAGUGGUAUUCUCACAAAACAAGUAAGGAUGCUUCUCCACAAUCGAGCUGUGUUUGCUCUUGGUCUUCGCUUGUACUCCAAUCAAGUGAAGAGAGGACUCUUGAUCGAUGCGGCGAGACACAGCUCAGACAUGUCUGAAUUUCGGGAUAUCUUUUCAAAAGCCAAGCACAUAGCAAUCAUCACAGGGGCAGGAGUGAGUGCAGAGAGUGGAGUUCCAACCUUCAGAGGAGAGCAUGAGAAGUGGAGGAAAUGGCAGUCUCAGGACCUGGCAACCCCAGAGGCCUUCUCUCGCACCCCAUCUCGGGUCUGGGAGUUUUACCAUUACAGGAGAGAGCUGGCUCUGAACAAGAAACCCAGCGCUGCACAUCUGGCUAUAGCAGAGUGUGAGGCCCGGCUGAGGAAGCAGGGACGCUCUGUAGUUGUCAUCACCCAGUGCACAGAUGACCUCCACCAACAGGCCGGCUCCAAACACGUGCUCAAGGUUCACGGCAGUCUGAUGGAGGCGCGCUGUGUGAGUUGUGGACACGUGACCGUAAACAAGCGGAGCCCCAUAUGUGCUGCCCUGAAGGACAAAGGUUCACCUGGCCCAGAUGUUGCAGAUGCACAGAUUCCGGUGGAUAAACUGCCAAGGUGUGGUGAAAGCGACUGCCACGGUCUGCUGAGGCCCAACGUGGUGUUUUUCGGAGAAACUCUGGACUCGCAUAUCCUGACCAAGGUGGAGAAAGAGAUGGAAACGUGUGAUCUCUGUCUGGUGGUUGGGACAUCCUCCAUUGUUUACCCAGCAGCCAUGUUUGGCCCUCAGAUUGCAUCAAGAGGAGUCCCAGUGGCAGAAUUUAACACAAACGCAACACCCAAAUCUGAGUACUUCACGCAUCAUUUUCAGGGUCCCUGUGGAACUACGCUGCCCCCGGCUUUGGCGCGUCAUGAGUCAGAGGUUAUUUAACAGCACUGUCGGGGAGGAACUUUACAGACAACCAGAGGCUUUCUCUACAGACGGCACAACACGAACGUUGAGAGAAAGUUUAUAACAUUCAUUAAGUCUUUUUUAAAUCCCAAAUCUUUGCCUUAAACUGACUUUAGCUGUUAAUGCUUGGGGGAGGGGGAGAUAUAUAGAAAUUAGCUUCUUAAGGCUUCUACUUGAAUAUACAGCUUACUAAACUGGAAUUGGGAUAUUGUAUAUAUUUGCUGCGGAGAAUAAGGAAGUAACUAUGCAGGGUGGUAUUAAAAGGGAAUGCACUUUGAUUGUAUGUAUGUGCAUAGGAUAAUAUCUCAGAAAUCAGGUGGUACUGUUAUUCUUUACAUAUCUUGCAUAUCAGAUGCUGGUGAAGUAUUGUCAUACUUGGAUAUGCUGUGCUCUUAACGUAAUGCUGUAGUUCAGACUGUUAUUUUCCCUUGAGCAAAUGCACAACAUUCCUUUUUUCUUGCCUCAGAAUGAACAGAUGUACAGAUAGUAUCAUAAUCUUGUGCCUUUCCAAACUGUUUACACAACCUUGACCAAAUGCUCGCCUCAAACCUCAAGUGCAAAUCGACCAAUGUUACAGAGAUUAAGCCAAGUGCACAGACUCUGCUUUGACCAAGGACAGAGGAGGUAGAGAAGAGAAAUGUUUGACUGUGUUUUAUUAUGACAUGAAGUGGAUUUACAUGUCAUUGAGUUUUCAUGAUGCAUUUUUACAAACUUCAGUGUCUCGUUUCAUAAAAUAUAUCUGUUUUCAAAUACUGUAAUUUGAAAUCCUCCAAAAAUCACAGAAAUUAUAUCUUGAGUAACUUGAUCUUUUAUUUGUUUUAUGCUCAUAAACAUCUUGCUUGAUUUCUUAUGUUUUCUAAUCAAACUACCAAUGCAGUUAUACAAAUCAUGACUAUUAAAACACUAAAUAAAUGUA